UUCCAAUGAUUUCAUUGAGACUUCAUCGAAAGGUUUGGUUUUUCGUUUGAAUUUCUUUUGGUUUCCGAUCUAUUUGUUUGCUGAAUUUCCAUGGCGAAAGGCGAAGGUCCGGCGAUCGGAAUCGAUCUCGGGACGACGUACUCGUGCGUCGGCGUAUGGCAGCAUGAUCGGGUGGAGAUCAUCGCCAAUGAUCAGGGCAACCGCACUACUCCGUCCUAUGUUGCUUUCACCGACACCGAGCGACUCAUCGGCGAUGCUGCGAAGAAUCAGGUCGCGAUGAACCCUACUAACACUGUCUUCGAUGCAAAGCGAUUGAUUGGUAGAAGAUACACUGAUCCCUCUGUUCAGAGUGACAUGAAGCUCUGGCCAUUCAAGGUGAUUCCUGGCCCUGGUGACAAGCCAAUGAUUGUAGUACUUCACAAGGGUGAAGAAAAGCAAUUUGCUGCAGAGGAGAUUUCAUCAAUGGUCCUCAUCAAGAUGAAGGAGAUUGCUGAGGCUUAUCUCGGCACCAGCAUCAAGAACGCUGUGGUUACAGUCCCUGCCUACUUUAAUGACUCACAGCGUCAGGCUACAAAGGAUGCUGGUGUCAUAGCUGGCCUAAAUGUCAUGAGAAUUAUUAAUGAGCCUACGGCUGCAGCCAUUGCUUAUGGUCUUGACAAGAAGGCCACUAGCUCAGGCGAGAAGAAUGUCCUUAUUUUUGAUCUUGGUGGUGGUACAUUCGAUGUCUCUUUGCUCACCAUUGAAGAAGGUAUCUUUGAGGUGAAGGCAACGGCUGGUGACACUCACCUUGGCGGAGAAGAUUUUGACAACAGAAUGGUGAAUCAUUUUGUGCAAGAGUUUAAGAGAAAGAACAAGAAGGACAUCAGUGGCAACCCAAGGGCUCUCAGGAGACUUAGAACAGCAUGCGAAAGAGCGAAGAGAACCCUCUCUUCCACAGCACAAACCACCAUAGAAAUUGAUUCUCUCUAUGAAGGGAUUGAUUUUUACACAACAAUUACCCGAGCCCGGUUUGAAGAACUCAACAUGGAUUUAUUCAGGAAGUGCAUGGAACCAGUGGAGAAGUGUUUAAGAGACGCAAAGAUGGACAAGAGCUCAGUCCAUGAUGUUGUGUUAGUCGGUGGCUCAACUAGAAUUCCCAAAGUUCAGCAACUAUUGCAAGAUUUCUUCAAUGGAAAAGAACUCUGCAAAAGCAUCAACCCUGAUGAAGCUGUUGCUUAUGGUGCUGCAGUUCAAGCUGCAAUCUUAAGUGGUGAAGGCAAUGAGAAAGUUCAGGACUUGUUACUGUUGGAUGUCACACCUCUUUCUCUUGGUCUUGAAACUGCUGGUGGUGUGAUGACUGUUUUGAUUCCAAGGAACACAACCAUCCCCACAAAGAAAGAACAGGUAUUCUCCACCUACUCAGAUAACCAGCCUGGUGUUUUGAUCCAGGUCUAUGAAGGAGAAAGAACCAGGACCAGAGACAACAAUCUUCUCGGCAAAUUCGAGCUUUCCGGCAUCCCUCCAGCUCCCAGAGGAGUUCCUCAGAUCACCGUCUGCUUUGACAUCGAUGCCAACGGCAUCCUCAACGUCUCUGCAGAAGACAAAACCACUGGACAGAAGAACAAGAUCACCAUCACCAAUGACAAGGGAAGACUAAGCAAAGAGGAAAUCGAAAAGAUGGUGCAAGAGGCAGAGAAGUACAAGUCUGAGGAUGAAGAACACAAAAAGAAAGUUGAAGCAAAGAACUCAUUAGAGAACUAUGCUUACAACAUGAGGAACACAAUUAAGGAUGAGAAGAUUGCAUCAAAGCUUGCCCCUGCAGACAAGAAGAAGAUUGAGGAUGCCAUUGAUGAAGCAAUUCAAUGGUUGGAUGGCAACCAGCUGGGAGAGGCAGAGGAGUUUGAGGACAAAAUGAAGGAGUUGGAGAACAUUUGCAAUCCAAUCAUUGCUAAGAUGUAUCAGGGUGAAGGUGCUGGAAUGGGUGGUGCCGGAGGCGUGGAUGAAGACAUGCCUUCUGCUGCUGCUGCUGCUGGUUCUGGUUCUGGUUCUGGUGCUGGGCCAAAGAUUGAGGAAGUUGAUUAAGUUGGCAAAGAUGUGAAGGUUUAUUUUGGUUGGUUUUUGUUCAUGUUUUUAGUCUUUCUGGCAUAUAACUAUUUUAGUAGACUUUUUUUUUUAUUUUCUAUGUGGUUGGGUUUUUUUAGUAAAUUGUGACUCUUUUUACAGUGGUCUAUUUUAUA